UCCUGAGGGAAAGUUCUAGUAGGAUCCCUGAGAGACUUAGGCAAGACUUAAACUAAGACCCAAAGGAAGUGGGCACAGAGUUGGAGCCAAGGACCAGGGGAGGAGGCCAGAGGAGCAGGAGGAGAUUCCAGAGGGAGGACAAGUCUGGGAUGACAGGGAGCUGAGGCAGCCUCUACCUGGGCCUCUGGGCCAUGACUGAUGGAAUCCGGUCUGAGGUGGGCAGAAAGAACCAGGAUGUCCUCAUUUCCUUCCUCACGUGCAGUCAGCCUGGGUGGCUGUCACUGCUCAGAGGCCCUCUGUGUGCCUGAAGAAGGCAUAUGCUGCACAGCAGCCUGCUUGGUUCCUGAGGCAAGUGGAAGUUCUGAGCCCCGAGGAGGAGGGCUCAAAGGGACUGACAGCCCCUGUGCCCCCCACCCCAUUGUCCUGCCACGGCCCUGUAAUUCUACUGCUUCCCCACGCCUGGUUGCUCUCAUUCCUUGACUUCAGUGGCUUCGAGGAAUGAAAGCUGGAAGUCUGUGGUUAUGGCAAUGACAGGUGGCGCUGAUUGCUGCAGGGUGUGUGUGAGGAAGACAUGACAACAAGGGUGGGGUGACCCAGGUCCAGGUCACCGGUAAUGCCAAUGCCGUGUUGGCUGGGUCCUGAGCUGAGGGACGCCAACCUCAGAGGUUACACAUCAGCCGGGCCUUCCAAACGGGUAUGAUGAGUUAGGUUCUGAUUCCUUUUGUCACUGGGCUGGCCCCACCCCAGAGAUUCGCCGCCUCCUCUCCCAUAUAAAGCCUCUUGGGCUCCCCAGGCAUCCAGACUGAGCCCACCCCUGGCUUUGGGGACCAGGAGAGAGCCAUGAUGCUCAGCUGGAAGCUACUGGGGAUCCUGGUCCUUGGCCUGUACACCGGAGGCGUCUCGGGCAGUGGAGACCACCCCUCUCCCCCACCCACAGAGGCUGGAGAGGAGGGCUCCCCAACACUGCCUCAGGGUGCCCCAAUCCCUGGUAAGCCUUGGCCAGGGGCACCCCCUCUCUUUGAGGACCCUCCCCCUCCAGGCCCCAGUCGUCCCUGGAGAGACCUGCCUGAAUCUGGAGUCUGGCCUCCUGAGCCUCCUAGAACUGACCCCCCUCAUCCUCCCCUGCCUGACGACCCCUGGCCAGCAGGACCCCAGCCUCCAGAAAACCCCUGGCCGCCUGCCCCUGAGGUGGACCAUCCGCCCCGGGAAGAGUCCAGAUAACCGCAUCUCCAGAGACAGCCUGGGCCUCGGGGCAGAGAGCACCCACGCCCAUCUCUACCUUCUGAUCCCCUCGGAUUCUUCCCAGUGUAGCCGAACUCCUUGAUUCUCUCCCUCAUUCCUUCAAUUGUAUUCUGAACCCUGAAUGUGUCACUCGCAAUAUUUUUCUGUCCCCUCCUGAGAUCCAUACUUUGCCCACACAUUUCCCGCUCUGGUUUUUUCUGACGCCUGAGCGGGCACCUCUCCCCGGUACCUGCCUCCCACUUCCUCUUCCCCACCCUGGAGCUCCUGGGGCCCGGCGGGCCGCUCGCUGUUUUCUGCUGCCCCCUGGUGGCCGACGGC